CUUAAAGCUGUUCAGUUGUCUUCUAACUUAGAGGUAAUUGCAAUUGCUGAGGUGAAGUUUGACUCUGAUUUGCCUGAAUUUCGUACAAGCGGUGGUGCUAAUUCUAGUUCAACGAAACAUGAAGUGUUCGUGCAACCCGUAAUGUGGGUGAAAGCAAUUGAUAUUGUGCUGGAUCGAUUGGUGAUGCAAGGUGCUGACCUCAGUACAGUUUUGGCCAUAGGCGGCUCUGCUCAGCAACAUGGAUCCUUAUAUUGGUCACGACAUGGAGUUAAAACAUUGAGGAAUUUGAAUUCGGAUAAAUUUCUUCACGUUCAAAUAGAUGAUUCCGCUUUUACGGUGAAUCGUACGCCGAUUUGGAUGGAUGGCUCAACAGAGAAGCAGUGCGUAGAAAUGGAAACUGCAAUCGGUGGUCGGGCAGAGAUGCUUAAUAUUUCAGGUUCAAAGUGUUAUGCUCGAUUUACUGGCCCACAAAUACGUAAAAUUUACCAAGAACGUUCCAAUGCCUACGAAGAAACGCAACGAAUUUCUCUGGUUAGCAGUUUCUGUGCCUCUGUUUUUCUUGGUGAUAUUGCGCCUAUAGACUACGGUGAUGCAUCAGGCAUGAAUCUUUUUGAUAUCAAAGCAAAAAUUUGGUCUAAACAAUGUCUAAACGCAUGUGCUCCUGACCUAGAAGAUAGAUUAGGCAAACCUGUUCCCACUAGCGCCAUAAUUGGUAAAAUUUGUAAUUUUUUUGUAGAACGGUUCGGAUUUUCUCCUGAAUGUAUAGUGACUGCUUUUACUGGCGACAACCUAUCAGCGUUGUCUGGAAUGGUGCUUGAGCAGAACUGUUUAGUAAUGUCUUUGGGGACAAGUGACACAUUAAUAAUGAAUUUAAAAGAGCAGCCACGUUUAGAAGAAGGACAUGUGCUAUGCCAUCCCACCGAAAUAGGCCACUUUGUGGGACUGAUGUGCCAUGGUUAUAACCAGGGACCCAAAAUAAUCGUUAUCAUGAAGGAUUUUUAUUUAAAAAUCAUUGCAUAAUCGUUAUUUUUUUAU